AAAUAACUAUAAUUCUCUCCCGAAUUUGCCCUGCUUUGAUGCGAAGUUAUGCCAUUGCGAUAUGCUGUCCUUCCCUUUAUACUUCCCUUUAUAUAAACACAUACACUGAAGAGCAACUUUCCUAAGUUCGCAGACAACCCAUUGUUGUUUUAUGCAAAAUAACUGAGACUGGAUAGGACACACAGAGAGACUUAUGCAAAUGACUCUAUCUGCCUGUGUGGGAUACUAAAAAAAGGUCAAUGUUCCUCCACUAUCCCACUUAGGUAAAUGCAGAUGAGCACUAGUUGGUUUGUGAAAUUUCUAUCCCAAUACCAGCAUGUUUUUAGAGAAAAAAAAGGACAUAUUCACAUAGUGCUAUCUAAACCAGUGAGUGGAACAAUUCUUCAAUCCAGAUAUUAAGAUGAGCACAGAUGGUGUGGAACACUCAGAGGCUCACCAUGAACAAGCAGGGACGGAGAGGACCGCCAGUUGCCCAUCCCUGAGCCAUGCUGUUAUCCAGAGCGCUACUUCAUGUGUAGGCCUAUUCUUAGAAACUAAAGACAUUGAACAAAGACAAAUUAAAACAGAGAACCUCAACGACUCUCUCCAUGCACACAAAACAUGUCACCCGGCACAAGGAUCACCAAUACCUGGAGUCCAGGCAAGCCAGCUGUCAGUGGAGCUCCCCUCCCUCCACACCAUGCCGCAGCUGGUGCUUAUGUCAGGCUCUCACCACCUCUCAUCCCCCUCCUCCUUCCUCCUCUCUCAGACACAACAUACGGGGCAUCAAGCACUUCUGCAGCAGAAUCUGCACAACUUUCCCACCCAGAGCCAGUCAGGUCUCCUCCAGCAUCAGCCUGGGUUAGCACUAACACCUCAGGCCAUGAGUCGGUCGGGCCUGACGUCGUCGUCCAUGGAAGGACACGUGGACAUGUCCCACCUGCAGGUCCCCAAACACAUCGGGGCCCCCCAGCAGGACGAUCCCAGCGACCUAGAGGAGCUGGAACAGUUUGCCAAGGCCUUCAAACAGAGACGCAUCAAACUGGGCUUCACCCAGGGUGAUGUAGGCCUGGAUAUGGGGAAACUGUAUGGGAAUGACUUCAGUCAGACUACCAUCUCCCGCUUCGAGGCACUCAACCUGAGCUUCAAAAAUAUGUGCAAGUUGAAGCCGCUACUGGAGAAGUGGCUGAGCGACGCAGAGAAUUCUCCCUCGGACUCUAUGGCCAACGUUGCCUCUCUACCCCCCCUGAUGGAAGGCUAUGGAAGGAAAAGGAAAAAGAGAACAAGCAUUGAAACCAACAUCAAGUUCACCCUGGAGAAACGCUUUCUUGACAACCCCAAGCCUAACUCGGAGGAGAUCACACUGAUCUCAGAGCAGCUGUCUAUGGAGAAGGAGGUGGUGCGGGUGUGGUUCUGUAACCGUAGACAGAAGGAAAAGAGGAUCUACUGCCCUGUGUCCACCUCACCCAUGAAAUCACAUAACUUCAACCCCAGAAUGCCUUCAUGUAACACCCUGUUUCAGGCCUCCACGUCCAGAUCAUACAGCCCUCUUGCUUCAGGAGGAGUGUCAUCGAGUCCCUCUCCUAAUAGUCCUAGUCAUGGGCCUUCGCUCGGCGCACUCUCGUCUGGCUCCCCUGCUUUGACCUCCCAGGUCAACCAAUCCUUCAGCUCACCAGGGUCGUGGUAUCGCACAUGGAACCCUAUGCCCUAUCACCACUGAGAAAUCCUGCCUGUUGUGGAAGAGAACUAAAACUACCGAUGUCAAUGAAGGGAAUCAGAAAUGGAUACAAUCCAUCAAACACACAUAUUGUCAAAUGUCAUAUACAAUACUUGGUCCCGCUUUAAAUUAUGUUCAAAUUAUAGAAGCUUCAUGAUGCCUUCAUAAGCACUACAUAAAUGUGUUGCACAGUAUCUUUAACUGUAUUUUAUGGUUUAUAAAGGGUUCAUAAAUGUGGCCUAACUAUGUGACAUAAUCACCAAUGUCAACUGCCAUAACCCACUAUGUCAAAUGUGAUAUAAACAUGUGCUUUAUAAAAGGGUGACAUGUUGUGCUGAAGCAUGGCAUAAGGCUCUAAAGUGAUGUCAUGUUAUUCACAUUACUCCUAACCUCAAACACUUCUGCCCAAAUGCGCAGAAGGUCUGGUGGACCAACACAUUGGCCUUCAUAAGUUAGGGUUAGGUUUAAAAUCACAUUUUUGUUCUGUGAAGGGAGUAGUACACAGCGUUGUACGAGAUCUUCAGUUUCUUGGCAAUUUCUCGCAUGGAAUAGCCUUCAUUUCUCAGA